AGAGUCUAGAAGGGGAUGGGUCGGCAGAGGUCGAUGCGUGGUAGUGAAAACCUUUGGCAGGAGAGCUGCUCUGACUGGGUUGUGCUUGGUGUGCAGUUCUACUCCAACAGGGAGCUGGAGGACCAGCUGACCAAGAUCCGAGAUGUUCUGUCUGACGACAAACACGACUGGGAGCAACGCGUGGUGGCGCUCAAGAAGGUCCGUUCUCUUGUCCUGGCCGGAGCGCCAGACCACGACGGCUUCCCGCACCAGCUGCGGCUGCUGGAAGCGCCGCUGAAGCUGUCGGCCAAAGACCUGCGCUCCCAGGUGGUCCGUGAAGCCUGCAUCACGCUGGGACAUCUGUCCUCCGUCCUGCGGAACAAGUUUGACCACGGAGCGGAGAGCGUGAUGCCAACUCUGCUCAACCUGGUAUCAAACAGCGCCAAGGUCAUGGCCACGUCCGGAGCGGCCGCCAUCCGCCUCAUUCUCAGGCACACCCACUACCCUCGCCUCAUCCCCAUCAUCACCAGCAACUGCAGCUCCAAGUCUGUGGCUGUCAGGAGGCGCUGCUAUGAGUUCCUGGACCUCCUGCUGCAGGAGUGGCACACGGCGACCCUGGAGAGACACGUGGCCGUCCUCACCGAGACCGUCCGGAAGGGAAUCCACGACGCCGACUCCGAGGCCCGCUCCAUCGCCAGGAAGUGCUACUGGGGUUUCCAUGGCCACUACAGCCGGGAGGCGGAGCUUCUGUUCCAGGCGCUGGAAGCCACCUAUCAGAAGGCGCUGCAGUCGCACCUGAAGAGCUCCGACAGCAUCGUGUCGCUGCCGCAGUCCGACCGCUCCUCCUCAUCCUCGCAGGAGAGCCUCAACCGACCUCUGUCUGUGAAGAGCGUCAUCGGAGGCAGCAUUACCAGAAGUAAGCUGGCGGGCUCCAGGGCGUCGGCCGCGCCGGGCUCCCUGCAGCGUUCCCGUAGCGACAUCGACGUCAACGCCGCCUCCAGCGCCAGGUCCCGCCUGGGAGGCGUCCCGGCCUCCUCGCCUUUCGGCGCCGCCGCCGCCCUGCCCCCGGGGUCCUACGCCUCGCUAGACGGUGUUGCUGCUAAGAGUGACGGUCGUGUUCGUAUGAGAAGACAGAGCUCCGGCAGCGUGGGUGGAGCCAGUCCAUCAGUAGUGGACAGCAGGGGGCGGAGUCGAGCCAAAGUGGUCUCCCAGUCGCAGCGAUCCAGAUCAGCCAAUCCCAUCAGUGCUGGCAGUCGCUCCAGUUCCCCAGGGAAGCUGCUGGGCCAGAGCUACGGCCGCCUCCGCCGGGCCGCGGCGCCGCCCAGCACCGCCGCAGAGAGGCGCAGCAGGAUCCCCCGCAGCCAGGGCUGCAGCCGCGAGGCCAGCCCCAGCAGGCCGGGCCUGGCCCGGAGCCGCAUCCCGCGCCCCAGCAUGAGUCAGGGCUGCAGCCGCGACACCAGUCGCGAGAGCAGCCGCGACACCAGCCCCGCUCGGGGCUUCGCUCCUCUGGCCUCCAGACGCCACUCCCGUUCCACCAGCGCUCUGUCCUCAGCAGAACCCCACGGCCAGUCAGAUCGGUACGGUCUGAUCCACCAAGCCAGGAUUUCUGCGUCGGUGAACGCCAUGCGGGUCCUGAACACCGGCACCGAGGUGGAGGCGGCUGUGGCCGACGCUCUGCUGCUGGGAGACUCCAGGAACAAGAGGAAGCCAUUGCGGCGGCGCUACGAGUCUCCUGGGAUGUACUCUGAUGAUGACGCCAACAGCGACGCGUCCAGCGCCUGCUCAGAGCGCUCCUACAGCUCCAGGAACGGAGGCAUCCCCCACUACCUGCGGCAAACGGAGGACGUGGCUGAGGUGUUGAACCACUGCGCCAGCUCCAACUGGUCCGAGAGGAAGGAGGGCCUGCUGGGCCUGCAGAACCUGCUGAAGAGCCAAAGGAUCCUCAGCCGGGUGGAGCUAAAGAGACUCUGUGAGAUCUUCACCAGGAUGUUUGCAGACCCCCACAGUAAGAGAGUGUUCAGCAUGUUCCUGGAGACGCUGGUGGACUUUGUCACGGUGCACAAGGACGACCUGCAGGACUGGCUCUUUGUCCUGCUCACUCAGCUGCUGAAGAAGAUGGGCGCCGACCUGCUGGGCUCAGUCCAGGCUAAGGUCCAGAAGGCUCUGGACGUCACCAGGUCAGAACCCAGACACGGUGCGGCCUGUGUGCUGCUCAAGCUUUUAUCACUAAGGUGCUGAUCCGAUGACCUAGCU